ACGUCAGAGGGCGCGUGGAUGCGUCACGUCCGGCCGGUUAAGAUGGCGGAUAUGAGCGGAGCAGCCGCUGGGGCUGAAGCUGGGCCCGCCGCAGAUCCUGGGCCUGAGCCUCUCACCGGCACAGAGUUCAGUACAAAUCCCGGGAUCGAGCAGCUGCAUCAGAAUAAUCCCCUGCUUAACCUCCCGAUCGUCGCCAUCGACUCCAUCCUCGGAUUAAUGUCGUACGAUGAGAUCAGCGGCCUGAGAAUGGUAUGCAAACGGAUGGAUGCAGUUUGUCAGCGGAUGCUGAACCAGGGCUUUCUGAAAGUCGAGCGGUACCACAGUUUGUGUCAGAAACAGGUUAAAGCGCAGCUACCACGGCGAGAGUCGGAGCGUAGGAAUCAUUCACUGGCACGUCAUGCAGAUAUCCUGGCAGCAGUGGAGACCAGACUGUCCCUGCUCAACAUGACCUUCAUGAAAUAUGUGGACACCAAUCUCUGCUGCUUCAUCCCUGGCAAGGUAAUCGAUGAGAUUUAUCGGGUUCUGAGGUAUGUAAACUCUACCCGGUCACCUCAGAGAGCCCACGAGGUUCUGCAGGAGCUAAGGGACAUCUCCUCCAUGGCAAUGGAGUACUUUGAUGAGAAGAUUGUGCCCAUCCUGAAGAAGAAGCUCAGCAUUUCAGACAUGUCCGGUCGCCUGCUCGGAGUCCCACCAGUGCCUGGGCCAUCCACCACACUAACAGCAGUGCAGCUCUUCUCUAAACAAAAUCCUGCCCGGCAAGAGCUCUGCAAACUCCAGCAGCAGAUGAAAGCACAGGGACUGAACGUGACGGCCACCAGGCGUGAGGUCUCAGAGUUCCGGGUCAAAUUCCAGGAGCAGCUCAAACAACUCCAGGACCAGGAUCAGAAAAUCCUAGAGCAGAACCAGAUCAUCAGCGAGCAGAAUGCCCGGCUGGCUGAACUGGACCGAAAGCUGGCUGAGCAUGCCCUUAAACACCAGCAGAACGAGCAGAAGAUCAAAGACCUGCAGGAGCUUCUGGAACGAGUCAUUGAGAGCCGGGCUGCUGCUGAUCAAACCACUACCGGGCAAAGCAAACGCAAGAAGGCAUCACCAGAGGGCACUGCCUCAGACUUACCCACCCGUGCCAAGCGCCUUCGGAGCAGGAAAUGAGCUGGAGGUUGCAAGAGGGAGAUCUUAUUGUUCUUGUGUCACUCAUAAUGGUAAUAGGUAUUUGUGUGCUUCUGCACCAAGUUACACUGUAUAUACGGUGCAGGAUGACACAGGUUAGGAGAACAGACAAGGUAUUGGGAUGGCAACAGGCUCCAGUCAUAAGAUUGGGCAGAGUUAGUAGCCCUGGGGAGGGAGGCGAUGGAAAGCACUACGUUGGGAGCUGACCAGAGCAGAGCUGAAUUAAACUCUGCUCUUUUCCCCAGUACUGGAUGACUGAAUCAGUUAAACUCCCCGGGUGGGCCAUCUGACAAAGAGGUGGAACAAGUGGUAAUCCAGCUCAAACAAUACAGACUAUUCUUAUUAAAGAAUUGUAUGUGUUCAGUUUGCUGGUUUUAGGUAGGGCAACAAAACUGUAGGCCUGAGUGUCAGCAUCUCCCUUCCCAGGGUGUAAGGUAGUUCCUUCUGCUGGUCAGUUGAUCAGCUCCCCCAGAAAUAUUUGUUUAUGCACUAAGUUUGGAGUGGAUCUGGCUCACUUCUGAUGUCCCAAUGGCCAAAUGGCCUGCUGCCAUCUUGAAGACUGUAUCCUCACCAGAGUUGAAGCAUUCAGGAUAAGAGGGCAGCUUACCUGUGACAGUUUGUUGAAUGUUGGCACUGUGACCCAGCAUAUGUUUUCUUCUAAUUCUCCUAUGAGUGUGGGUUUCAGAGUUCUGAUUUACUCUCUACCCCCACACUGUUCAAAAUAGGUCAGGUUGAAGGAUAACAACAGGUUGGAUUCUGUACGUUUUUGCAGAGAGCUUGGGUCAUUAAAGCUUAGGGCCCAGAAUUCCUGUGGCUUUGUCCUUUUGAAUAAGGAGAGAACUUUAUCCCCGAAACAAACUUAUAUCAGACAAGCUGCUGUUGUAGCAGAGGCAUAAUGGAGUGUGAGGACAUUAUGAAUUACCCACAUCUAACUGCUCCCAUGAUGCUGGAAAGAUGGCCUAUUCAUUUGAUCAGUGGGUUUGGGGUCUCCCAACACAUCGGCAACAUCAGGGAGUACAGCACUCUGUCGUCCUAACUGUUCACUCAGUAAUACGAGCAGUACAAUUUUUUCCUAAGUACUGUGCCAGUAUAACCUGGGAGGUAGGGCCUGAUCCCAGUAUUGGCUGUCAAGGAAGGGUAGAUCAAAUGCUGAUUCGUUUAUUGGUUCUGAUAGGAUUUUUACUCAGAAUAAAUUAGCAUGGCAUUGUAAAAGUAAACAAGUAACCUAGUAAGUGUCAGAGUCUUUUACCUCACUGCUGUGCACAGCCAGCUCUUGUUUGUAUCUCAUGGACAAUGUGAAGUGCAUGACUAGGAAUAACACACUAUCUAAAAAACUAAAUUUAUCUCCUCACUGAAAAUAGCGCAUCCAGGGGGUACCAAUGUCAUUAGUCAGCCCCAGCCCGAGGCAGUGUCACUCAGUGAUUCUUCUCAUGUUGCUCUUGAGGAGCUGUCACUCAAAGUAAUGCUACUGUUCAUCUCGAGGCAGCUUUACCAAUUACAAACUUUAGCCUCUAUUCAGUCACAUCCUGCCAUCUCCAUUAUCCACCACAGCCCUCUGCAGGAAGGGGUUGAUGACAAUGCCAAGUACUAGACUGUUAGGAUUUCAUACCUCUUUCUGCUCUCUCUCUCUCUCUCUCUCUCUCUCUCUCUCUCUCUCUCUCUCCCCCCCCCCCCCCCCCCCCCCAAAAAAAAACCCUCUGGCUCCACGCUAGAGUUGUAACACAAAAAUUGUGUGGCCUCUUAAAGCAGAUGGUAUUAAUGCCUAGGUUUUAGGACCCUGUAAGGUUCUUCAGAAAGUUGUCAGCAUUUUGAAACCAAUCCUCAAUCGUUCCUUUUGAUCUGGUGUUCCUGUCACAGGCAGCUGCUUUUCUCUUCCUUGCCACUUCUACACUAAUGGAGCGUUCAGCUUCAAUGAUUGCAAAACUGAUUUUCUCCUGGCACUCUUCUCCCAAGAUCUAUCUCCAGUCCUCUUUGCCGUGUCUGAGCUCCUUUCCCUCAGUGUUUAUGAGAAAGUGGGGGGUAGGAUUAAUGCCUACUUGAAUUUGAGCCUGUUCCAUUGCCCUCCCUGCUUUGUGUGUGUGUGUGCCUUUGAUCUGUUUUUCACCAAUUGCCCCAUCAUAAGCUUGGACUUUGAGGUGUCCUUAGUCUGACUCUUGCAUGGUAGCCAUCAAAUUUUGCAGAAUUUUUUUGAUACACUGGGAUCCUUAACAACCUCCUGUGCACCAACAGGAAUCUGCUUACUGGGAGGUGAAUACAACACUGCUGUGAGCCAAAAACUGAAAGAAGAAUCAAGCCUUAAUGCGGCAGUCAGUGCAGGGCUGGACUCUGGUUCUGAAAGGUCUCUAAAGAUUCUUCACGCCAUAUUGAGGAUUCUAAGGAGCAAUUGUAUUCCUGCCUAUUGUGUUGUUACAGGACCUGGUUUACAGACACAUAACCCCCAAACCAUGUGCAAACUCACCUACAAACUGAUGAGCUGGAAUUAUAAUCUGUUGAAGGAUACUAACUGGUUUGACAAAUUUGAGAAAGUCAAUUUGGGUUGGGCUUAGGGCAACUAUAGUUGGCCUCCGUUCCUUUGGCUCGGAAAGAAAAUAUUGGCCAGUUAAUUCUAGCAAUCUCUGGGGAAGAAUAUCUACUGGCAGACAGUGUUGUGCUUGGCUGUGGUACCAACCAGUUGAUCAUUCUGCAGAAAAAGAAUGACCUUUCAGUGUCUGUGGGCAUGUACCCCAGCAUGGAGAUUACAGGAGGAGAGAACAGAAAAAUAAAAUAAAUGUUUAUUGUGAGUUCUUAUUUUUAAGUUCAACAAGAAUGAAUGGCCAAAUGCACCAAAAGUUCAAUAAUGGAAUGAUGUCAGCACCUUUAAGGUGUUCUUUAAGUUGUAUGAAAGGACAUUGAAUACUCCACGGGUUAAACAUGUCUUGCUUUACAAAAGAAGAAAAUAUACAUUUCUGUUAUUUGAAAUGUUUCCUUCGCUGAUUAAAAAUAUC